AUGACCACUUUUCAACCUAUUCAACACCCAUCGAUGACCAUUGCCAGUAAAACGGCUAGAGAGAAUUUCAGCUUUGGGGACCUGUUUGAUGUAAUUAGUCAAGAACCUCACUCGAAGAUGUCUAUCGAUUUAGUUAACAGUUGUGGUUCAGAUUACGCAUCACCUACAAGAGAUGAUAAUGACCCCUCCACUUUAAAUUGCGAGGUAGAGAUGAGCGAUAAAUUGAUUGAAAAGCAUCCCUUUAACAAAAGCGGGAGAACGAUAUUUUCCAUUCGCAGAGCCCGUAGGGAUGAGAUCGUAUCGAUAUGCGAGUGGAGGAACGCGGAAAUAGGGUACACAGUGAGUCCUUAUUACUUCUUGAUACUCUACGACGCUUACCCGGAUGGAUGGUUCACCGCGGUUGACGAGGACGACAAAUUUAUAGGUAACAUAUUCGGGAUGAAUUUGAGCGAUAAAGUGGCUUUCGGUGGACUAUUCGCGGUUAAGGAACCUUACAGAUGCCAGGGUGUAGGUAAAGCCCUGUGGGAAACUCGUUUAAGACAUAUCGAUAGCCGAAAUUUAGCUAUAAAUUCUGUUUUAUCUAGAGUUCCGUCUAAUCUGAAGAAAGGAAUGACAGUGUCCUUCCAAAGUGCAAGAUAUUUUACCAAAUUGACCAAUAGCAUGAUAGCGAAAUUAGUAGCGCGUGUUGGCGAAAAAGGUGCGAGUAAGUCGAGAAAGGGUACUCGGGUUGUGUCUAUGAAUCGAAUCAUGAAAGAAGACCAUAAUCGUUAUAAGGUCCUUUUCAAAGAACUUACCAGAUACGAUGCAUCCAUUAACGUGUCAGAUCGAAGCAAAUUUUUAACCCAUUUGAUCGAAAGCGUUAAAUAUACCGGAACCCCUACAUUUACCUACUUAGCCUUGCAAAAUUCCGCCAAAAAUAGUGAAGAUAUAGUAGGUUAUAGCGUUUUAAGACCGAUGCACGAUGGCUUUACAAUAGGCCCUCUAUAUGCUAAUAGUGUCGAUAUAGCCGAAUCAUUAUUGAUACGCUCGUUAAACGAACUAAUUCUGAUGCCUAUUGCGUCUCCAUCGAAAGAUAUGCUCAAUAAUUGUCACAUCUUUUAUAUGUCUGUGAUUAACGACGAUAACAUGUGCUAUGGUGAGUCAAGGCAUAAUUCUAAAGAUCAAAACCUGAUUCAGGAAAGGGAAUGCCAACAAGAUUAUUCGAGACACCGAGCCGUACAAUUUUUCAUAGAAAUUCUAUCUAUGGAGCUAGAAUUGGAUUCUCGUAGGAUGUAUAGCAAAGAAAAUAUUCCGCUGUCACUCGACAAAGUUUACGCGUUGACAAGUAUAGAAACCUUUUUGUUGUGA